UUCAAACGAAACAGUCCUGCCCAGGUUUUUAGGUUUUCCGGUAAUCAGGCACUUCACCAUCCCGCAUUCCGGAUACCGAUCCUCAGAUGGCAAGCGGUGAUGUUCAGCGAGACGAAAAAGGCGACGCCACUGAUCCGGCACCGGCACGCCGCUGGUCCAAGUACGUCACGGAUGUGUACGAUCCGAUACGCGUCGGUUCGAUCGAUGGAACGGAUGAGGUUGCACACGAUCGUGCACUUCUGCGGGCCCUCAAUUCACACUACAAACCGAAUCGAAAGGUACAGGGUAACCCGCUGCACACGGUCUUUGUUGGUCGGUUAGCACACUCCGUGACGGAGGAAAAACUAACUAGCAGCUUCUCACCCUUUGGUACAAUCGUCCGAUCACGGCUUGUUACCGACAUCGUCACGGGAAUGCCCCGCGGAUACGCAUUCAUCGAGUAUACGUCCCGAGAGGAAGCCCUUCGGGCAAUCGAUCGGAUGCACGGCUGCUGCAUCGAAGGCAAGGAGAUACUGGUCGACGAAGAAUGGGAGCGACGGCUUGAGGGAUGGAAACCGCGCCGAUUAGGUGGUGGCUUCGGUGGAAGGAAAAAAUCCCAACAACUGCGGUUCGGCUGUAAGAUCCAGCCGUUCCGGAGACCACUCGGUGUUGAAACCGGAGUAAGCGCUACGGGAGUAUCGAGUGUGAGCGAGUGGAAUCGACGGGUUCGACAGCGGAAAGAGCUCGUGGAAGGCCGUAAAUAUUGACAAAGUAACCAUCGAUACGAUCUUGGAUAGCAACGGCAAGCGCCAGGCUUCUGGGUUUUAUUGUAAAGUACAACAAACAGGGACAGAGAGAGAAAGAAAAGACUUGUCGGUGCUAGUGGCGCCAUAAUUGUAUAUUCUUUUCAAAAUGCUA